UCUUUUUUUUCUAUAGGCAAAACACAGACGUAAAGAAAGACUCUCAACAAUAGAUUCAAUUGCGUAUAUACACCUGCACUUUUAAAAACAUAGGCGACGACAUCGGAGCGCUUUCUCCUGUCAAAAGGAGUGGUGUGGCGCAUCCCGGAGAUUUAAUCCUUAUCGAUAAUAUGUACCUUUAGUAUAUAUGUAUGUGUGUGUGUAUGCGAUUAAUUUGUAAUACAGGAAUUCUAUAUUUUACCGAAGACUGCAGGUCCGCGCAGGUAUCAGCCAAUCGGAGAGAAAAUUAAAUAACAGGUAUAAUAUAGAUUGAAUAACCGUCUUCAUGCAGACGGUCGACCCGGACUGUGGAUUCAGGUUUAUAUUGGAGGGAACCGGUCUGUCCAAUUCCUGACAGGCCACGGACUGUGUAUUACGAAGACCUCAAAGGUCAGGAAUUUAAAAAUGAAUGAAGAGGAGAAAUGAAGUAGAGAAAAGGUCCUUCAAUCGAUAACGAGACAGGAGUAUCCAACAACCAGGGCAGUCAGGAAAGGCGUUCCAGUAGCGGGUGUCCGAGUUAAUUGAUCUAUCGACGUGUAGGAAUAUUGUGUUUGAAUGGGGGUAUAACCUAUAAAAUCCGAGGAUAAAUGGUCGUGGGGUUAACGCGAUUUAACUUCUAUAGUCAUUUGGAGAGUCGCCAACAUAUCGAUCUAAAACACAUGUUAUUAUAAAUGGCUGCGAUAGCAGUAGGGUGGAAUUUUUAUAUAUGGUGACAACUGUCGUGUGUUUGGCAUCGUGUGAAUACCGAGGUUCGGAUAUCAAAAGAUUUCCCGAUAGGAGAAGCUUCGGGGAGGGCGAGGUGUUCCGGAGGACGGUUUUUUCUUCUCUCGCACCCGAUACAUGUUAAGGACAAACUGCACGAGCAUUUUGGUAUUUGUGUUUACAAGACUAAGAUCAUUCAUGAUAGAUCAUGUAGAAGAAAAUAUCGAACGAAACAUUAAAGGUAAGAUUUGAAUUCACAAUGGAGGAAGAUCGACCGACUUUCAAAAGUACUCUGCUAUGGCAGGUGAACUGCAAUUCUGUGAUGCAUCCUACUCCGCGGCGGACAAUUGCCACCCGUGAUCCGGAAUACCUACCACCGGAAGUACACGAAAACGUAGAGGAUAAGACAUUUUACGCAUCCGAGACCCAGCUUCCUCCGUCACGACCGCUAAGUUAUAAGUACGACCCUGGAGAGACGAGUGAUAAUGUCACCCCUGGUAGGCUACUGAAGCUUGAUCAUCUUGAUUGUCAAUUUACGGACGAACCGCACGAGAUUCACACGCGUGAGUACAGAAUUGACAGUGGUUAUGAUGAUUCCAGUCAUGUGUCGUCUGAUAGUAGUCAGGAGAUCGUGCCUCAAGCAGACGACAGGUCAGAGUCGCCGGAUAUCGAGGACAGGAUGAUCCGGGCGGAACAAAAACUAGUGAAGAGGAACAGUCGUCGAGUGGAGACUGUUCACGUUGAAAACCACAAACCACCGCGUGUUUCUUCUUUUGAGGAAUCUCCAAGUGAGGGUCAAUUUGACGGUGACCAUGCUUCGAAAAUGAAAUACACAAACGUUCAAGCACUUACUGCGAUGGCUCGGAAACUCUCUCGUCCGGUCCUCCGAAAAGAUGAGGAAUCGACAUCAUUUGAGGAAGAGUCAUAUGACAUCUCUGCAUGGACAAACGGAAGCGCUUCCACGGACUCGCCACGCAGUGACACCACUUGUGAAUUCGAUAAAUUUUCUGAAGUUACUGUAGAGACUAGGAAAGCCUCAAAACCUAUUGUAAGAGACCUUGACCUCACUCCGGAAAAAACCAGAUCUAGGUCAAUAACCACGAAGCAGGUCCUCUCCCCCACCGUCCCCGCUCUCUCGCCAAACAGAAACAAAUUCUCAUUUUCUAGAAGUCUGAGCACAGCCUCCAGUUACUCUUCAUCCUCCGAGGCCACAACCCCGAGUUACGUGCCUGAUCCCUGCUUCCGGUGUAGCAAGCAAGUCUAUCAGCUGGACAAGGUUGGACCAGUGAGGCGCGUGUUGUAUCACAAAAUGUGUUUUCGUUGUUCAGAAUGUAAUACUGCUUUGACAUUGAAAAACUUUUGUUCAAACGCUAACGAUAAAAAUGACAAGCAUGUUUACUGCAAGAAGCAUCAGCCGCAACAGGAGAAAGCCCACGUGGACAUAGAGGACCGGAACAUUAACAUCGCUCUGAACAAUCCAAAACUGGGCCGGGUUAACACGAACAUUCGCGGCUCCGAUGAAGAUAAAGCCAAAGGAAUGAAUCAAAGGCCAAUCUACGUCAGAGGAGCUAGUAUUCCGAAAUUAGACAUCGUGUGCGGAAACCAAUACGGAUUUAGUUACACCGGUGGACAUCCUGUAGAGCAUGACGCUGGUACACUGAACCCAAAGCCAAUGCGAAUCACGAGUCCGAGGGAAAUGAAUCUAGAGGAAGUAGAACCAAAGCGAGUCUGGACGAGGUCCGCCAUUAACGCUGCCAGCCUCGAUUUAAGUGCACCGAUUUCCGGAAGAAGUGCUCACCACUUCUAUUCCUAUGGAACCUCAGCAUUUAACCAUUUAUGAUAUUAUAUGAUUACUUGUUGAAAUUGUAACCUUUGUUUUCUGCUACGCUAUACACAAAUGUGUUCCCCUAUUAUGAUAGCUUAAAUGCGCAAUGUAUACUUACUUCAUAACAGCCAAAGGAUGCGUAUAUUGAUUGAGAUUUGGUAUUUUUUAUAUAUAUUAUAUAAUUUAUCAGACUGUUCUGUGAUAACAUAAUUAAACAUAUACAUGUACUAUGAAUAUAAGCAUUAGGAUAAAAGAGUAUUAAGUAUGAUUGAUAUGUUUCAUUCUUUAAAACUUAACAAAUGUAAGCCGAAUCAGCAUGCUUUUUAUCGAAAUAUCUUCACAUGGAAACAAAACAUCUCAACACACGAUCACUAGCUUGUUGAAAUAUUCAUAUCUAUAAAGAAAUGUUUGAAAUUAUUAGGAGAGUUUUGAUUGGCUACUUUUUAUUAGAGGAAAAUAUGUCUUGUUAGUUUGUUUGAUGGGGUACAGAAAUAACGGAAGUCAUUUAUACUAUUAUUAUGUGCUUUUGUUGUUUAUAUAAACCUCAUAAUACAAACUAACUCUACAUUUAUGCAUUAUAUUUAUAGUAUGCAAAAUUCAAAAUAUAUACAUCUUUAUAUUUUUCUUACAAAGUAAACCUCUGAAUAGCAAACGAUUAUAUUCAAUGGACCAAACGUUGGUAAUUGUGAAUAUUGGAGGAAUCGGCUUAGUAAGACUGGAAGAUAUUCAUUUUCACGAGCUAAAGAAAUGUGAUUUAACCAAAAAUGAAUAAAACGGAAAUACAUUGUUUGAAAUUGUACAACAUCCUAAUUAUGCCCCUGUUGCUUGAAAUCCCCCUGCUAUGAUCAAAACACUGAUGUGAAAACAUGUACAUAUUAUAUGUGUGUUUACUCCAUGCUAACACCCCCAAUUAAUACAAUAGUGUGAAUAUACCACCAAUGUGCAGUGUUUAUAAGCGUAUUAUCUCGGGCAAAUCAGUCCUGUUACUUGCUUAAACUCAAUGACGUUUCAUUUCCACUACUUACUAAGAUAUACGUAUAUAUUUAUACAAAAAUUACUGAAAUAAAUCCUAUUAUUGUUGUAUGUACCACG